AAGUGUAACAUCAUACAUCGAUUCGGCGGCUCUGCAAGCUCGAAAAACAUUCUGUUUCCGCGUUUCUUGCAGCUGCUGGACGUACCCUUGAGAAAGCAGACGGUGACUCGUCGCGUACAUUCGAUCGAGACGCGUGUGGUGCGGUGUAGAAAGUGACGUUCUGCAAAACCGAUGUGCUGAUAGAGAAACGUGACUCUUGGUUAUGCGGUGGUUCCUGUCGUGGACAGCAGCAGCCCUUAUUCAACCCCCGUUUCACGAAACUCGCAGCGACAAAGGAGGAAACCUCUGCAUGAUACAAGCGUGGAGAUGACUGCAUUGCGAUUGGCGGCGCUGUAGUAUCGUCGACGAGAUACCAACAACGGCGUCGACGAGAACGUCGUCGUCAGCGUGAUCGUGUCGCGGGGGUGGUGGGGUUGAAAAUCGGCGCUUGCUCGGUGCGUUUCUCCUCUCUCCGUGCCUCUUUUCCUCUCACUCCUCUCUCCUUCUCGCCGGCCUCCCCGCAUGAGAGUUUUCCUUUUUCCAUCCACUGCCCCCUUGUUCUGUCCGCCUCCGGGUGGCUCUUGCUCCAAUUCACGUGCGUAAGGGGUGCGUACGUGUGCGUGCGUCGGUCGGCGCGUAAAGGCACGCACACGCUGUCUCGGAGCGAACGGCGCCGUACACGGCUGCGCGAACUGCUCACUAGCACAACUGCCGACCGGUUUCGACACGGAGUGGGGCGCUCUUUGCGCGCUGGUGGGGGCGUGUGUCACCUGUCUUCGCGCUGCGCGGUGUCAGUAUGACGGCGACCGUCGAAGGUUGCGAAUCGUUUCGUUGUUCGUAAUUGUGUUGCCUCGACGUUCCAUCGAGACAGGCGCGCACACACAUACAGGCGCGCGCGUACGUACGGUCCCGCGUGUACUGUGUAUGCCUAUACGUGCGUGUCGGAUUCGUGACUCAUCUUGUUUGACCUGUACACACACCUCUUUCUCUCUCUCUCUCUCUCUCUUUCUCUCUCCCACUUGUAUAAGAAUUCCGAUUUCUUCAUCCCCUCGCGAUCUGUCCGACGGAUUUUUCGGAUAUCCAGAGAGUAGGUGCGUGCGGGCACACACUGCGCGUUCGAAUACCCGUGAAUGUGCGCGAACGGGAAGCCGGCGGUCGUCCGUGAGGAAACAUGCGUGAGCAGAGCCGGUGGACAACGGAUGCGACAGCGACGAGGAACACGCUACACGUGACUGCGGCACCUACGCACGUUCUGCUGCUGCAGUGAGCGGAGAGAAAGGGAGGGAAAAGAGAGUGUUAGAAACACGUCCUUUCUCGUUCCGCCGUUGUCGCGUCGGAGCUUGUGUCGCUUAACGCGAAGUAGAAGAAGAAUAGAGUGCCGGUGGUUGGUGCGGUAUAAUAAUAAUAAUAGUAAUAAUAAUAAUAAUAGUACACGUGAGAGUUGUCCGGGAGUUUGAUUCUCGUGAGCGCGUGAAUCCCACCGGAAGGAGAACAACCCCUGCACGAAUCCUGGCACUAUUCCGGAGUCGUUGGAACCACCGGAGAGAAGAUGAGGCGCACCGUUCUUGGAACGAGGAUGCACCCUGUGUUAUCCUGCUGGUGCGUUGUCGCCACAGUCACCUUUGUCCUCGCUGCAUGGCAGGAGAACAUCAGGCCGAAGAUGUACGUCGAGCUAGGUGCGGAAGAUGUGUUCAGGUUUACGGGAAACGAGACGCACACAGACUACUUUCGGCUGGUGCUACGGGAAGGGAACUAUCUUCUGGUCGGCGGAAGAAAUCUCGUGCACAAUCUGAGCCUGACUGACUUGACUGAGCAGCAGAGGCUGACUUGGUACUCCACGGACAGCGACGUGAAAAUGUGCCUGGUUAAGGGCACGCCCGAGGAGAACUGCCAGAACUACAUUCGUAUCCUCGUGAAAACGGACGCGAGCACGUUGCUGGUGUGCGCGACGAACGCGUUUAAGCCAAUGUGCCGGGACUACGCGGUUCACGCCGGCAAUUACACGAUUCUGAAGGAGAAAAGCGGACAGGCAAUGUGUCCGUACGACCCCAGGCACAACAGCACUUUCGUUUACGUGGACGCAGAACUUUACACCGGCACCGUGGCCGAUUUCGCCGGAAUGGAUCCGAUAAUCUACAGAGAGCCGCUGCAAACCGAGCAGUACGACUCCAAAAGCUUGAACGCGCCGAACUUCGUCAGUUCCAUGGCCCAGGGAGACUUCGUCUACUUCUUCUUCCGUGAAACGGCCGUGGAAUAUAUCAAUUGCGGCAAGACCGUUUAUUCUCGCGUGGCGAGAGUCUGUAAAUACGAUCGGGGUGGUCCUCAUCGGUAUCGCAAUAGGUGGACCUCGUUCCUAAAGUCCCGUCUUAAUUGCUCUGUCUCCGGAGACUUUCCUUUUUACUUCAACGAGAUACAAUCAACGACGGAACUGAUAUCGGGCCAGUACGGCAAUAAGUCGGCCCAGUUGAUAUACGGCACGUUCACGACACCGGUGAACAGCAUCAGCGGUUCGGCCGUGUGCGCGUUCUCCUUGCAAGAUAUCACGGACGCCUUCAAAGGUAACUUCAAGGAGCAGAGCGCCAUCAACUCGAACUGGUUGCCGGUCCAAAGUGCAAAAGUUCCCGAUCCGAGACCCGGCCAGUGCGUCAACGAUUCCAGAUCGUUACCGGAUCUGACUCUCAAUUUCAUUCACACGCACUCGCUGAUGGAUGAGCUCGUGCCAAGCUUCUUCGGUCAGCCCAUUGUAAUUCGCACCAGUUUUCAUUACAGAUUCACGCAAAUCGCCGUGGAUCCUCAAGUAAAGACCCCCGGUGGCAAAACUUACGACGUACUGUUCAUCGGUACCGACAACGGGAAGGUGAUCAAAGCGGUGAACGCUGAAUCGGCUGACACUCACUUGAAGGUGAGCCCUGUGGUGAUCGAAGAGAUCCAGGCGUUCCCACCUACGGUUCCUGUUCGCGGGAUCAAGGUCGUUAGAGCUUCUCAAGCUGGAGAUGGCUUGGAAGAUGGUAGACUGGUCGUGGUCGCCGAUAGCCAGGUUCAGGCUCUGAGAUUGCACCGUUGCUACAGCGACAGAAUCCUGUCCUGUGUGGAGUGUGUGGCUCUUCAGGAUCCUUACUGCGCUUGGGACAAGGUCGAGGGCAAGUGUCGUGCCCUUGUGGGACCCGCUGCGACCGACGCUAGCAGAUUCCUUCAAAGUGUCGCCAUUGGUCUGCACGCAUCCUGUCCACCGAGCAAAAGUUUGAAUAAAGAUGCGGGUAGCGUCGGAGCUAUCUCCGCGAAUCAGAACAAAUUUCCUUCAGACUCGAUGAUACCCAACAAAGAAGGCCAGGGUGGGGAAAUAAUCAAUAUUAUGCAGAACGAGGAACAGGACAAUUCGGGUCCAGAAGUAUCAGCCGCAGAUUCACCACCGCCACAAUACUCCGUAGAAACGCUAGUGAUGGCCGUGGUCGCCGGCGCAUUAGCAGCGCUGUUGGUUGGCUUCAUUGCUGGUUACUUGUGCGGGAGGAAAUGCAGAAAAGACGAAGACGAUAAUCUACCAUACCCGGACACGGAAUAUGAGUAUUUCGAGCAGCGCCAAAACGUGAACAGCAGGUUAGCACCAGAGCCGAAGCUAUUGCCGCAGGAGGAAGUGACCUACGCGGAACCAGUGUUAGUUCCUCAACCACCCAAACUUCAUUCGCCGAAGGGUACAAUGCGGAAGCCACCGCCUACCCCAACGGAAACGUUGUUCCAAUUUCCGGACGGCUAUGGAUUCCGCGGCCCCAAGGACAACUUCGGUACACUCCGGUCACACCAGGGCGACGCGUAUCGUCGCAAUGAUGGGUUCGCGACCACCCGCAGCGUGAAGAAAGUUUAUCUCUGAGAAACGAGCGAGGAGGGAGGCGGCCGUCACCGGAGCCUAGGACGGCCAGCACGAAACCGGCACAACGCGACUUCGGCGAGCAGAAGUAGUCGCGCUGUCACGUCCGGGGGACAAUCGAAUCGAGAGCUCGCUGGUCCGAGAGCGUUGGAAUCGCCCUCGCCGCCUUCGAGUGUGUCGUCAAGUUCCCCGUCACCUCCCUCCUCGUCACCUUCGCCGACCCUUGUACCGAUCGGGAUGAGCGGCGGCUCACCGCCACCACCAACACCACCGUGCAGUUACAUCUAUCGGUCAUAGUCGUCGUCGUCGUCGGCGGCGUCGGCAUCGUCACCGCCGCCGUCGUACUUUGCAUCCUGUUACGCAACGCCGGCAGCUGGGACGCCGUACUACAGUUCCGCCGCGCGUUCCGAUCUCGUGUAGCGAGCGUGGCCGUGUUCCAGAAUUCAGACACCGUACUCGGUGUACGAUUUACCCACGUUCUGACUUCACCACCGAUUUUUUUCGUUUCCCUCGGGUUACGGAUCACCUGUCACCGAGUCGCAGUGCUACAAAUCCUUUACGGGCUCUGAUCCUGUCUAAAAAAAAACGCAGGCAUGUCAAGAGUCGAAUAUCGUGAUUUGAUCUACGCGUGAUUUCACCUCCUGAGUUUUCAUCGCCAACGUCGGUGUCGUAAUUUGCUUCUUGUUACACGACACCGGCAAUAUACGCGUGUCUAGAGUGUGCGGUAAUUUCACUUCUAAUUUUUCUCUUCGCUUUUAAGCCUUGAUCAUUUUAUCAACCACCGGAAUCGUUGAUACUCUCGGGAUCGAUCGAGUCUACGAGGAUUACCGAGUUGAAACUCUUGUCCGAACAAUCAUUGGUUAAUUAUAUGAAACUAAAGCCCCAGUUGACGAACAUUGGGUUCGUUAAACAUGUGAGAUCCUUAGAAAUGACAGAUUUCUAUUGUGGAAUUUGGCAAACGGACUCUCAUGAAUUGAAACUUAAGAACAAACAUCGAGACGGAUAGAAUCGUUUGUUUUCCACGAAGAAAGAUCGAGAUAAGAUCGGUGAUCAGGCUCGAUCGACGGGACACGCGCCACGUCUUAAGGAUCGUUUACGCGACGUAGUGUUCUCCGCCCGGUUUUAGACGAAUCGGUCAAUAAUAAAACGCACGCGCGUAGUAUUACGACAAAAAACGGUUUCUCUUCUCGUGAAGUCAAUUAAAAGAGACUAUCGUCGACUUGCGAUUUUUCUAAUGUUAUAAUAUUAUAAACGCGAGUGAUUGACAGUGCCAUUAUUGUUCUCGUAAUGCUGACGCGCGCGUCUCCAAAUUUAAGAUGAGACAUCAUCUGAUAGUUGCAACGUUACUUCUUUUCUGUUCUCGUGUUCCUCCCUCAAUGAAAAGGGAUUGACCUCGAUAAAAUUGAAUAAGAAAAAUGACAGGGAAAGGAUAAAAUGUAUUAUUGGAUUCAGCAGUAACACGUGCCAUAAACCCGACCGUUUCUCAUAAAACGCGCGGAGAUCGCCACGUAGCUUCCACGGCGGGUUGGGUUAAUCGAUGAGGACAGGUUCGUUACAAUCAAGAGUUUCCCGUGACUGAUUCCUCAUUUUGUCGCACGUUUCGGAAACGCGCGUUUACACUAGUUGCACAUAUACGUAAAGCAGUGAAAAGUAAAGGAAUUUAUUGGAGAGCAAGCGUGUGUGUGAGAUGAAAAAGAAAAAAAACAAGCAGGGAAGGAGACAGAGAGAAAGAGAGAGAGAGAGAGAGAGAGAGAGCGAAAGAGAGAAAGGAGGAGUAGCCGUGGGAGAAAGAGAGUGCAUUGAGAAAAGCUUGUGUGUAAAUAAUACAUAUACAUAUAUAUAAGAAAAGAAACAAAUAACAUAUACGAGGAAGUUUCUAAACUUCUAUAAAGCGACAGAGAUGGUGAAAAUGGGGGAGAAACGAGAAUAUAAGUCCAUCUAAAGAAUUUGAACCCGAUGAUAAACGUAGAUAUCUAUCUUAAAGUGCUUCUUAUUUCAGUGUAUAGAAGUAACGCGUAUGUGAUAUGUACUAUAUUGGGAGGUGUUUUUUCUAGCGAAAAAGAGACGAAGGGUGGGGAAAGUAAGAGAAAGAGGGUAAAGAGAGAUGGUACGGGAGAGCAUGUAAAACUCUCCUUGAUCAAUUUUCAGACUAUAGACAACGAUGGACGCAGCAGCGAGCCUCGGCGAUCGUUUGUUCACUAGAAUUCAUCUUGUUUCAUUUUGUAUCCGUCAUCGCUUCCUGUGGAAAUUCACGAACAUUUGAAACAGAUCACGGUUUCCACACCCUGUAAACUAUUUCAUUUACUAUUUAUUAUAGUUCGCGUUUGUACUUCACUUUUCUAUAAAAAGGAAUCAGUGAACAAUUGAGUCGAGGACUUCGCGAACCUUCGCUUUUUUGUUUGUUAAUUUCUUGUUCUUGUUCUGACACGCACACGAUUACACCGAGUACACUGGACAACGGACUCGCAUGUUUGUUACAUUUUCUUAUGUCGAAUCCACACCAUGUAACAAUGCUUUAUACGAAUUGUAAUUGUAUCUGUUAUAUGACAAUGGUUUGCUAUGUGGUGUAGAUUGGAUUUUAUUGCUGUGCAACUAGAUUUGAGUAUUUACUUCGAAUGUUUCAUAUACUUGUUGAUAAUAGUGGUCGAUCACAUAAAUUCACUGUUCAUAAUUCAUCACGCAUUUGGUUUUAUCAUUCAUCGCAGUUGAUGCUCAUUCGAAGAGUUACUCGAAUGUAGUUUCACGUUUUUAGAUUCGCAUUGAUCGGCCCUUUUUCGAUUGAGAAACGAAGGCCCGUCCGACACGUUCUCAAAUCCUAUAAGAAAAAAACGUAAGACUGAAAAAAAAUCCCCGAACGGACGGGCCCCACCAUCCGUUCAUCAUCCUUAGAUUACCGUUAGAUCAGCAUCGAACAAGGUUUCCUUUAACGACAGUACAAAUUAUCAUGCGUUUCUUCUAGUUAUAUCUGGUUUCACGAGCAAGCGUGCGCUAUUUCUUUUUCUCAAUAGAAGACUCAAAGGCAUGGUACCUGGCAUGAGGUAUUAUUUGCAUGUUGGGCAAUCUUGUGAAAAUUGUUGUGAGAGUAAUUAUUAAGAGCAGCAGCAUUUUGAUUAACUGGAUAACAAUUUUUUAUAUUUUCUAGAUAUUUUAGACAGUACACAGUGGAAGUUUAUGAACGAUCAGUAAACUUCCCCUUUGACUUAGUUUUUUUCUGUUUUUAUUUAUUUUGAUUAAUCAGAAUCCUGCUGUUUACAAAAGAAAGGAAUCCGUUCUGAUAUCCAGAAAGUAUACAGGACGUUCUGCUCGUGAAACGGCAAGAUUGACAAGAAAAGGGGACUCGAUUCACACACAUGUACAUUUAGACAUUGACAUUGAACACUGACCUACACACAUCAAGCGUACGGUAUAGACGCGAAACGCGAAUUGUUCGCGUGUUUCGAAGCUGCCAUGUUAAUUAAUCAAUCCGACACUUCUCGUCGUUGAAAAUUAUCUAAUUGUAAAAAGAAACCUCCGGUAAUUAUAUUAUAGGUAGCGUAUUUUUUAACAAUUUGUUUUCACUUGGCUCGGAGUGGGUAUGGACGCGUUUUCUAAGUUUGAUACGACUUACCUUUGAAAGCGAGUUUUUUAAAUCCGGUUAAGGUUCUACUAACGCCCCUUUUUAUCUUUCACGCUUGUACGGAAGACUCAGGCACCAUACCAAAGAUAAUUAACUUGUACACUUGUAGACAUCAUUUCGACGUCGCAUCGCUGCGACGGUUACGGUUAGAGGCGCACAAAGUGGUAUGAGGAUUCGCACAAAAUCGGACGAUAAGGUUCACGUUUGAAGGCAACGCGCGGGCAUAGCCUCGGAUUGGGAAAGUUGUCCCUUUUAUUUCUCCCUUCUUUUGUCUCUGCGUUUAAAAUUAGUGACGUCAGACUCGUUUGAUCGAGACUCUGGUUUAAAAAACUCAUAUAGUUGUAAGUAAUCUUUUAGAGAGUGAUAAUAAUGUAUAUAAUAUAUAGAGUCAGGAGAGGAGAAUCAUUUUUAACUUAUAUGUUAACAAUAUUAUUUUGCAUCACGUCAUCUAUUAUUUGCAAGAUGGUAAAGACCUAAUUGGUGAUACUUCAUUUAUGCAUAUAUUCACAUUUUUACAUUCAUUUUGUACAUAUACGAAGUACACAGGCCAUCGUAGAACACACGACACUUCUCUGCGAGUAUGAAAGAAAAUGAAAUUGUAAAUCCAAAGUUCCUCUUCCACUUUUUCCUCCAAUCGCUAUUAACAGAGUAAAGCACUGAGUGACUGUUGUGCGUAACACGCUAUUGGUCCACCUUUUUCGUUAAUAACUUUGUUAAUAACGGAUGAAGGAAAAAGCGGACGAGGAACUUUUCACUCAGAAUUUCACCCUCAGAGGAAAGUCGUAUAUUCUGGGACACACUGUAUAAAAUAUUUUCUUAAUCACUUUAGAGAGACGAAAGAAGGGUCUGUCGAGUUUUUAAAUUAAUUAUGUUGAUCCGGCAACGAGAAGAUACUUAAACCGAGAUUCUUAGAAGAUGAUAAAGAGAAUAAAAAAAUAACGCACUUACAAUGUUGGAAUCAAGUAAUGCAUGAAAAAAGUUCAGAGAUAUUUUUCGAGAACAAUGAUAUCGAGAUAUUAGCGUAUUUUGAAAAACAAUAAAAGAAGAUUCGAAAGGGGAGAGAAAUCACAAUUCUAUAAUCUUAACGAUGUUACUAAUCGAAGUCGUUGAUUACUUCUAAUAAGAGUUAGAUGGGACAAAAAUGAUGUGAGACUGAGACGUUGACGAUAUGAUUCGUGUUCAGGGAAGUUCGUGUUGUUCAAGCCAAUAAGGAACGGAUUCCAUCCAAGAUAAAAAUAAAAAUUGAUGAAGAAGAAAAAAUUGCUUGUUGCAUGGACGAAUUUUCGUUUUUGGCUACGUUCAUUUAAUUUUUAUAAUGCAAAGAUACAGGAAGAAACGCGAAGAAUUGUGUUGUCGACACGAUGAUUUCAUGCAUUAUUUCAUUUCAAUCGCUUAAAGUUCGAGCAUAUCCAGUAGCUUUUUUUGGAAUAAAAACAAAAUCAAUAUCUGUACACAUUUUCUACACAAAGGAGAGUAAAAAUUGUGAAAGGAAAGAAAGAAGGGAAGAUUGAAGAAAAAGAGAUUUCGGAAGUUGAUAAAAAGAGAAUGCGCGUGUGCUUAAGCGUGAAUAAAGAAAAAAAGUUUAGCAAGUUAUGUAUUACGAUUAUAAAUUGAGAAUUAAAAAAAAGUUAGGUAGAUAUACCGGGGCGUUCUCAGUUGGUGGGGAAACGCUCCGAUUUUAGAUGAUCGCAGCAUGUAUGAGACAAACAAAAUAAAGAAAAAUUAAGUUUGAUGAAAGCUUAGACAUAAGUAGAGGAUUAGCGAACGGUAUAUAAAUAUAAAUAUAAAUAUAAAUAUAAAUGAAUAUAAAUAUAAAUAAAAAAUAUAUAUAUAUAGAACGCUUGAAUCUUAUAUUAAUAUUAUAACUUUUUAUAAAUAUAUUUUUCCGUCGAAGUCUAGCCUAGUUGGAUACAUAAUAACACAGUUAUUAAACGACUAUUAAUUUAUCCGAUCUGAUUAUAUAUAUAUAUACAUAUAUAUAUAUCGAGGAUCUAGAAAUUAAUUCGAACAUUUUAGACAUCAUAGUUUUACAAUUGGUAGGCGAAAAUUGUAUGAAUUGUAAUUGCCGACUUUUGAGAAGAGCGAGAGAUGGUAAAUAAGUGAGAAGACUUGUGUGGAUAUGAGAGAUGGGGAAACUGGGUAGUGAAAGAGGUUGAGUAAAUGAGUAAAUUCGUGUGAAUGUGAGAGAUAGGGAUCAUUCGAAUAAUUCACGAGGAAUAAAAAUGAAAAUAUACAUUAGUACCUAACGUUAUGAGAUUUAAACUACUACCUAGCGUUGAGCCACUCGCGAGAGGAUCGUUCGAUCGCUUCGUAAUUAUUCGUUGAUCGACUUUUACUAAAUGUGUUCGUUGAAUCGUAAACGAACUUGUUGAAAAAAAAAAAUUGUUAACGCCAAGAUCGAUCGAAUUCUAAACAAAGCGAGUGAAUCGCACUUCUCGUGCUUUGUAAUUAAUCGUAAAUGAGAAACGAACAGUAUGCGAUUGAGACACAUUGUAGAGAAAUUAGCAAGAACGAAAGAGCGGAUGAGAAAAAAAUGCGGAGAAAGCGAAUAAUCAUGUAAUACACACACGCGCGCGUAUACAUACUCUACUAAAGUCUACUAUAUGUAUACCGAGAAUCAUUCUUCGUUUCUUUUCUCUUCUUCGGUUUCCUCUUGGUUUUAUCCAAAGAAACAGAGAGACAGAACGAAAGAAAGAAAGAGUGAGCGAGUGAGUGAGAAAGCUAAAGAGGAGAGAGUAUAAGAACGAGAGCUCGAGCAUCAAUUGAUGGCCCGAGUCCCCUUUCAAAUACAUAAAAAUAAUUAAUUGUAAUACGCGGCGCGAGUUCUCGUUCGCCUCGCGUACCAGAAACACUACACUACAGCAAGUAACGCUACUUAAUAACUAUUGAUAACUACCAAGUAAUAAUCAAUAUUGUUAACUAAAGAAGAAAAAAUGGGAGAAAUAAAGAGAAACGCGGCCGCGAGAUUUACCAGACAAUUUUUAAAGGGUGGUAACAAGAAUGAAACACUAAAUAGUAUUUAUCAAUGAUAAAACUAACGAGAAACAAGUAAUAUGUAUUUUGCUUCCUCCUAAUACAGUGCCGUUUAACGCUAUUUUUUACUUGUAAACUAAAUAGAUGAAGAGGGAAAAUUUGGCCAAGGAGGAUGCGACGUGUGCGGCAUUUCGGGGGCGAGCGCGCGGCGUAUCUUCUCUCAACAAAUAAUAAUUAUUAUUCGCCAGGGAAACGGGGAGAAUGAGAGAGCGAAAGGGAGUCGAGUUUCUAUUUAGUCGGCUAACACGCAUACUUUGUAAAAAUAAAAAGUAGUAUGCUCAAAAGCGUGACUCUGACGCAUAAAUUGUUGUUGUCCAGGUAAAACAGGAACGAUUGAUCGAUAUACUGGAACCAGCUCAUUGUACUUCACUGCGAUUCCUUGGGGUGUUUGUAAAGAAGAAAAUAAUUCAUUUAAUUGUAGACCUCCUUCGCUGCGAAACCCUCCGGGCUGUUGUUAUAUCGAUUAAUCGACCACCGCGGUUUCUUAAAGUCGGAUUAUCACACGAGAGUUUCUGCCCUUUACACCGCGUCUACUGUCAAUUACAACAUAAUCAGCGGCAUAAUUUUCAGUCGUCUCUAUCUAUCGCUAAUGUUUUUUCACAUUAUGAUAUAUCGUCAUCUGCGAGAAACUCUACUUCCCGAUUUUUUAAUGAAACGAAAGACGGACUACGAAUCGUGACUGAAGGGACAGAAACAUUGAAAAUCGUCGAAGUAUUUAUAACGGAACGUGCCGGUUCUUGCACGAACUUAUAAUUAACGUAGACAAGGGGUUAAGAGUCACGAUUUUGAGAAUGAAACGACAGGUGCGCGUUUUCGAUAUAAACUGUCGCUCACAAUCGUGUGAUUCGCCAUAAUUUAUUAGUGAGAGAAUACAUGCAGAACUUAAUCGACGAUAGACGGGAGAGAAUGGGAACGCGUGAAUGUGUGCAAGAGAAAAUAGAAAAUGAGAGAACAAAGAAAGUGUGGGAGGGAGAGAGAGAAGAAAAAUGUUGAGUAUGUGGAAAAAAUUUUUGGUACAGAUCUCGACGGCGAGAGAAAUUCCAUUUGUUCACUGAACACGCCGUAAGAAUUCGUUUCACGAACAUUAGAGCCGAUUUUAAAAAGAAUAUAAGAAUACCCGGGAUAAGAAUAAUAAUUACUAAAUAAUAUUGAUAAUACUAAUAAUAACGAUAUUGCAUUAAUAACAGAAAUACGUUAUUGCCGAUAAUUAUAUUGUAAACGACACAAGAAUGGUAUUACAUAAUACUCUUUAUAAACGCAGGCGGAUGAUAUAACGCGGUGGAGUACUGAGCAUUGUAAAGUGAAUUAUAAAAAUAAGGAUGAAUGAAGACGAACGAACGGGAGGGAGUGAUUGCGAGAGAGGAGAGAUUGUCAAAUGUGCGAAAUGAACCGAGAAAAUGAGAGAAGAAGGGGGAAGGAAGUACGAUAAGUAUUCUUUUUCGCAGUAGGCUGAUGGUAGAGACACGGCACGUCUAAUAUUAACAAACAAAAAGUAAGAAUAA